GAAAAUGCCACAUUAUCUGUUCUUUUUUUUUCUUACCUAGGAAUUUAGAAGCUCCUGAAAUACCAGUGUAUUCUGUGAAAGGUCAUAAGGAAAUCAUAAACAGUAUAGAUGGUGUAGGUGGCUUAGGAAUUGGGGAAGGUGCACCAGAAAUUGUGACUGGCAGUCGAGAUGGAACUGUGAAGGUAUGGGACCCAAGACAGAAGGAUACUCCAGUUGCUAAUAUGGAGCCUGCACAGGGGGAGAACAAAAGAGACUGCUGGACAGUAGCAUUUGGAAAUGCUUACAAUCAAGAGGAACGUGUUGUAUGUGCUGGAUAUGACAAUGGGGACAUUAAAUUGUUUGACUUAAAAACCAUGUCACUACGAUGGGAGACCAACAUUAAGAAUGGGGUUUGCAGUGUGGAAUUUGAUAGAAAAGAUGUAAACAUGAACAAGCUAGUGGCCACAUCGCUUGAAGGAAAAUUUCAUGUUUUUGAUAUGAGAACUCAGCAUCCAGCCAAAGGUUUUGCUUCUGUUUCAGAGAAGGUGCAAAAAUCUACCAUCUGGCAGGUUCGGCACCUGCCACAGAACAGGGAUAUAUUUAUGACGAGUGGAGGAGCUGGGAGCCUUCAUCUCUGGAAAUAUGAAUACCCAGCUCAGCGCUCGAAGAAGGACUCUGAAGGAGCUGAGAUGGGGGUAGCAGGUUCUGUCAGCCUCUUGCAGAAUGUGACUCUGUCAACACAGCCCAUUUCCAGCCUAGACUGGAGCCCUGACAAAAAGGGACUGUGUGUUUGUGGUGCCUUUGACCAGACUGUGAGGGUGCUGAUAGUUACCAAGCUUAACAAGAUUUGAGAGGAAGACUUUCUGAUGAGAAAGCAGUAUAGUUUGCUGCAGUCUGUAAAUACAGGAGCAGGAGCUCUCCUGUUUCUAGUUUAAUUUUUCCAUUAUUAAAACUGGAUUAAAUAAAUAGAAACUAGAUCUUUCUAUUGAAAGUUCAGAUACAUACAGUUAGAAUUGUUUGACUGUGCUGCAGUGACUUAAAGUUGCCUGGGCACAAAACUUUUACCUUCUAGAAAUGUGAAUUUACAUUUAAAAUAAAAUGUGCCUUUGUGUUAACACAACCUGUAACUUCAGAAAUCACUUUUAAAUUGUUUGUGUUCAGUUUAAUCAUAGUGCAGAUCGUUCACACUUGUUAAAUGGUUUGGCUUUUUUAUAUAUAGUAUUGUCAAUAUGCAUUAAUACAG